ACCCUUUCAGGGCUAACGUGUUCUUGAGUUUCUUCUCGCACUACUUAGACAAUUGUGAACAAAUGGAUCUGAUGAAAUCUCAAAGUCCAACUCAGCUUAUCUAAGGAUUCGCUUACGACGUUUGCUCUUCACUUGGAGUGGAUGUCAGUUAGAAAUGCACAGUAACAGUGAGUCAACAUGACGACCUCCUGCUCCUCCUCUUCCUCCUCCUCCAGCAACAACACCACCACUUCGCCUCCAUUGCCUUAUGUUAUCCAAGGCUUCGUCCAACCAGGAUUUGAGCCAGUUCGAGAGGCCUUCGAGGAGAAUUUCCGAGUAGGUCGAGACAGUAAGGCUGCCUUGGUCGUGUACUGGAAAGACAAAAAGGUCAUCGAUCUCUGGGGGGUGGAUGGACCGGAACGAACGAAUGAAGCGGGAAGAGCGUAUGAUUCGAAUGCUUUGACCGUCUCAUUCAGCACGUCCAAGACGAUCACUGCGAUCUGCUUGGGAAUGCUCGUGGACAAAGGAUUCAUCAGGUACGAGGAUCGGAUUGUUGACCAUUGGCCCGAGUUUUCCCAAACUGUUGCCGAGGCGUCCCAAAGUGCAUCGAAGGAUGUCGAAAAAGAAACGGCCACCGUUGCCGAUCUAUUACGCCAUGACCUUGGACUGACAAAUCCGAAGCAAGUGUUCCAGACGUCAGAUUUCCGAGUGGAGAACAUACGCCAGAAUCGCGUGGGACAAGUGUUUGAAUCUGAGGCCCUCACCUACCCCGAUGCCAAUUCCCGGGGUGACGGGGCUCUCCGAGAAUACCAUGGCAUGACCUAUGGCUUGAUCGUGAGUGAGCUGAUUCGGCGGGUGGACCCAUUGAAACGCACCAUUGGCCAGUUUAUUCAUGACGAGCUGUUUGUCCAAUUGGGCCUGGAUAUUCAUUGCGGUUCCAAGGAUGAACAAGUCCGGGCCAAUACUUGGGACCUGGAGGUGCCUAAUCCAUUCAAGGUGAUAGGGAUGGCUUGGACACCCUCGUUCCUCUAUGAGAGAGCCCGCCAAGUGCCCUCCAUCCUUGAGUUGUUGAAGUUCAGCAAGAAUGCCAUGGUUGGCUAUACCGCCUUGAUGAAGAAGGUAGACCGAUUGAGGCUACGAGACUUUCAGUUCUUCUUUGGCAUGUUGUGGAGGAACAGGUUUUGCCAAGACGAACACGGAGAAGGCUUUCCCAAUGUCAGUUUGAGCCUUGUCAACCACCAAGAGUUUCGAGAAGUUGAGUUCUCGAGCAUUAAUGUGCUGGCUUCGGCUCAAGGUCUGGGCAAAUUGGCUGCUUUCAUGGCCAACCACGGUUCCUUGGGUUCGGAGCAGAUUCUUCGGCGGUCCACGUGGAACAAAAUGCAUGGUCAAACUCGAAUAAAGUCGGACAUUUUCUUUGGCGGAGUGCGAACCGAAUUCAGUCAAGGAGGCAUGAAUCACUUCCGAUUCUACCAAGACGACGAGGUUUUAGAAGAGCAAUUCAAAAUGGGUCGCUCUGGAUUUUGGGGCUGGAUCGGUUUGGGAGGAUCCACGUUCCAAUGGCACCCCAAGCACAACAUUGGAUUUGCUUUUUGCCCAACCAAAGUCGCUUGGUACGACUUGUUCAAUGAGAAAGCUGGAUCUCUACAGGAAAUCAUCGUCGAGUGUGUUCGGAGCCUCGAGGCCAAAUCAAAUAGAAGAGCUAACAAAUCCUCGAAAAAAUCGGCCGGUUCCAAACGGAAUCUCGCUUAAACUCGUCAGAUUGCUUGCCAUACUUGUGUUCUACAACUAUCGAAAAAACAUGACAAUCACAAUAACAAUGAUAUACGUACCUUCAAACUCAACCCUUCAUCCUUGCCACCGAUGAGUCGGAAUCCGAAUGGUUCGUUACUCUGUUUGGUGAGAACAAACUGAUGGAUUUCUUUCAUUGCGUCUGAUUUCUUGGAACUUCCUCUUCAGUCUCGAACUCUUUUCAAACUGAUUUUGAACGAAACCAGACCGAUGCAUGGGGAUGAGCGAAAUACACCUGACAAUCAGGCAGACGAGCAGGGCGAGAAAGCUUCUUCCCAACUUAUUCUUCGACUCAUUCCCCUGUCAAAUGACAUUCCAACACUGCUUAUGCAACUCUUGAGAACCGAACAGAAAAGGACAUAAUUUCUGCGCAGUACAAGAUGCACAGCCAGUUUUAAUCAGUUUGAUGCCAUGGCGUUGCAUUAAAAUUCCAAGAAGCUUCA